UACUGUAAGAUUGAUAUUAAAGACGGGAUUUUCACCUCACUUCAGCAACACACAUACAUUUUCUCUUCUGUUUGGACUCCUGUUAUACCACAAUGCAACAAGCUUUAGAACUAGCUUUGGAUCGUGCGGAGUAUGUCAUUGAAAGUGCCCGACAGAGACCUCCUAAAAGGAAAUACUUAACUAGUGGAAGAAAAUCUGUAUUUCAAAAACUUUAUGACUUAUAUAUUGAAGAAUGUGAAAAAGAGCCUGAAGUUAAGAAGUUAAGAAGAAAUGUGAACUUGUUAGAGAAGCUCGUUAUGCAAGAGACAUUGUCAUGUCUCGUGGUCAACCUGUACCCAGGAAAUGAGGGAUAUUCUCUGAUGCUCAGGGGGAAAAAUGGAUCAGAUUCUGAGACCAUUCGAUUGCCUUAUGAAGAAGGGGAAUUGCUUGAAUACUUGGAUGCAGAAGAAUUACCUCCUAUUUUGGUUGAUCUCCUGGAAAAAUCUCAGGUGAAUAUUUUUCAUUGUGGAUGUGUCAUAGCAGAAAUACGUGACUACAGGCAAUCUGGUAAUAUGAAAUCUCCUGGUUACCAAAGUAGGCAUAUUCUUUUACGUCCAACAAUGCAGACUUUAAUUUGUGAUGUACAUUCAAUAACAAGUGAUAACCAUAAAUGGACCCAGGAAGACAAACUUUUGCUUGAGAGCCAACUGAUCUUAGCUACAGCUGAACCAUUGUGUCUUGACCCUUCUGUGGCUGUAGCCUGCACUGCAAACAGACUGCUCUAUAACAAGCAGAAGAUGAACACUCGCCCAAUGAAACGGUGUUUCAAAAGGUAUUCUCGGUCCUCUCUAAAUCGGCAACAGGAUCUCUCUCAUUGUCCACCUCCUCCUCAGCUAAAAUUACUUGAUUUCUUACAAAAAAGAAAAGACAGAAAAGCAGGUCAGCAUUAUGACCUCAAAAUCUCUAAAGCAGGAAAUUGUGUAGAUAUGUGGAAACAGAAUCCCUGUAAUUUGGCCAUACCUUCUGAAGUGGAUGUAGAAAAAUAUGCUAAAGUGGAAAAGUCUAUCAAAUCUGAUGACUCACAGCCAACGGUAUGGCCAGCCCAUGAGGUAAAAGAUGAUUAUGUGUUUGAAUGUGAAGCUGGUAAUCAGUAUCAGAAAACAAAGUUGACCAUUAUGCAGUCACUUGGUGAUCCAGUUUACUAUGGUAAAAUACAGCCAUGUAAAGAAGAUGAAGAAAGUGAUAGUCAGAUGUCUCCAGCCCACUCCUCCACAGAUGGUCAUUCAAAUUGGUUCAUUAUUGGAUCAAAGACUGAUGCUCAGAGGGUAGUCAAUCAGUACCAGGAAUUGGUCCAGAAUGAAGCCAAAUGUCCAGUCAAAAUGUCACACAGCUCCAGUGGCUCAGCCAGUCUGAGCCAGCAUUCUCCAGGGAAAGAAACAGAACAGCCUGAGACCGUAUCAGUUCAGUCUUCAGUAUUAGGAAAGGGAGUAAAGCAUCGGCCUCCACCCAUCAAACUUCCCUCAAGUUCAGGAAAUAGUUCUUCAGGUAACUAUUUUACUGCACAGCAGGCAAGCAGUUUUCUUAAAUCUCCAACUCCUCCUCCUGCUUCUAAACCACCAAGUCUGUCGCGGAAGUCAUCUGUGGACCUCAGUCAAGUUAGCAUGCUUUCUCCAGCUGCCUUGUCACCUGCAAGCUCAUCACAAAGAUCUGGAACUCCUAAGCCAUCUACUCCUACACCAACCCCUUCAUCGACCCCACACCCUCCUGAUGCUCAGAGCUCAACUCCUAUUACCCCUUCUGCCACCCCUACUCCCCAAGAUUCAGGCUUCACCCCUCAGCCCACUUUGUUAACUCAGUUUGCUCAGCAGCAAAGGUCUCUGAGCCAGGCAAUGCCUGUAACGACCAUUCCUCUUUCUACUAUGGUAACAUCUAUAACUACAGGAACCACGGCCACUCAAGUCAUGGCAAACUCUGCUGGACUUAACUUCAUCAAUGUAAUGGGCUCUGUUUGUGGAGCCCAAGCUUUGAUGAGUGGUUCAAACUCCAUGCUGGGCUGUAACACUGGUGCCAUAACUCCUGCAGGAAUAAAUCUGAGUGGCCUUCUUCCCUCAGGAGGUCUGCUACCAAAUGCAUUGCCAGGUACACUGCCAGCUUCUCAAGCAGGUGUUCCAUUUGGUUUGAAAAAUACUUCAAGUCUCAGGCCCUUAAAUCUACUCCAGCUUCCUGGUGGCUCACUCAUUUUUAACAGUCUGCAGCAGCAGCAACAGCACCAACAGCAGCUCUCUCAGUUUAUACCACAACAGCAACCUCAGCAACCCACAACUUCUAGUCUUCAACAGCCAGGGGAACAGGGUUCUGAACAAGGUUCAGCUAGUCAAGAACAGGCCUUAUCUGCUCAGCAAGCUGCUGUUAUUAACCUUACUGGAGUAGGAAGUUUCAUGCAGUCCCAGGCAGCUGCAGUUGCGAUUCUUACAGCAUCAAAUGGCUAUGGCGGCAGCAGCAGCACAGACAGCUCAGCUCCAUCAUCAUCGACAUACAGGCAGCCAGUCAAAAAGUAAAAUGAAGAGAGGCAUGCCAAGCACUCCAAAAUUCUGAGUCUUGCAUUUUUUUUCCUGUUCUUUGAAAAGACAAGAGCAUUGAAUCAAAAGGAUUCUGAAUUUUUACUUCACAUUUUUGUUUCAUUUUUUAAUGUGUCAGUAUUUUACAUUGCUAGAUGUACAAACUUUAUACAGAAGCACCACCCUAUGUUUUUUUUAAAUAAAAACAGAGAAAUGAUUCAAUGAAUUAGGGUUGGUUUGCCUAAGUCAUUGCUUUUUAAAAAAUGGUUUCACUGUACAUAAUAUAUAUAUAUGGAAGUGACCUAAAAAAAUACUAGAAACAUCUUUCAGAACAAUGUAGUUUGAUAUUUAUUUAGUAUAAAAGGUUUGUGCACAAUGUUAACAAAUAUAGUUUUUACAAAUCUGUUUU